AAUCCUCCAAAUAGGUAAACAAGCACGAAUAAAGCAACUCAUACAAUAAACAAACCGAGUGCGUUUCGUCCUUGACCACGAUAAACACACUCAAUCCUAUUUAUAAAACAGCACAAAAUGUCGUCCCAGCAACAGUUCGAGAGCGUCGAAAAAAUCCUGUCGAAACUGCCCCCUGAAGACCACCAGCAAAUCCGAAACGUGCUGUACGGCACUCACACGACCCAACUGCACUUACCUGACGCUGAGACUAAAGCCCGCGACUAUGACCUAGAGUUGGUGUCGUGCCGCUUCGACAGCGCCCAGGAGCAACUCAGGGCUCCGAGAGUAGUCCGGGUGGGUAUUUUCCAAAACAAGCUUCCUCUGCCCCCGAAUUCGCCAAUCAAAGACCAGAGAAAUGCUUUAUUCAAGCUUGCCGAAAAAGCGAUCGACACGGCCGCCACUGGAGGGGUCAACGUGUUUUGUUUGCAGGAGGCGUGGAAUAUGCCUUUUGCUUUCUGUACUCGGGAGAAGUACCCGUGGUGCGAGUACGCGGAGAGUGCUGAAGACGGUCCCACCACAGCCUUCUUGAAAGAACUCGCUAGACGUUACAAUAUGGUUAUAAUUUCGCCGAUUUUGGAACGUGAUGAUGUUCAUGGUCACACGAUUUGGAACACGGCGGUGGUUAUAGAUAAUUAUGGCGACUAUUUGGGGAAGCACCGCAAAAACCAUAUACCUAGAGUUGGGGAUUUUAAUGAAUCGACUUAUUAUGUUGAAGGCAACACUGGGCAUCCCGUUUUUCAAACCGAAUUUGGUAAAAUUGGUGUUAAUAUUUGCUACGGGCGUCACCACCCUCUCAACUGGCUUAUGUUUGGGGUGAACGGGGCCGAAAUUGUUUUUAAUCCGUCUGCUACAGUCGGCACGCUGAGUGAACCCUUAUGGGGGAUUGAAGCCCGAAAUGCCGCUAUCGCUAAUAGUUAUUUCACUUGUGCGAUAAACCGAGUCGGGACUGAAGUCUUUGAGACUGAAUUCACCUCCGGGGAUGGUAAACCCGCCCAUAAAGACUUUGGUUACUUUUACGGCGCUAGCUACAUUGCCGCACCCGAUGGCUCCCGCUCCACGGGUUUAUCCCGGACCAGAACCGGCCUCCUCAUCGCCGAGCUCGACCUAAACCUCUGCCGGCAAAUCAGGGAUCACUGGAACUUUCAGAUGACGCAAAGAUUGGAUAUGUAUGCCGAGUCGCUCUCCAAAGCAAUCAAACCGGACUUUGUACCACAAAUUAUCCACAAAAAUUGAACCUACAUUGUAUGAUCUUUGGCAAACGAUAGAAGAUACUCAACUUUUUUGAGACA